CUGUGCAAUACGAGGCCUAUGGACACAUGGCUUCGUUGCUGCCAAUAUAUUUAGAGUAAUCUCGUCGAGAAAUGGCAGUAUAUCGAGUCCUCUAUGCUAUGUACUACUUACUGUACUAUGCGACGGCGAUCGGGGGCCCGGUGACGUAGAUCCACUCCUCCGUAACCUGUCAUUCUGGCGUUUUCCUUCUGCCUCCUGCAAGGACUGCUUAUAUUUAUACUCGAGAAUCAUCUGUGUUUCCGGGGAUCUCUUCAGAUUCAAUGCUAAUCGAGUCUCCUUACUGUGUCCCGUGACUCCCUCUUCAGGAUGUCGACCGCUGUCGAACAAAAGAAUGGCCAUCUGAUUGCGCGGCCGCGUGUGGUCGCAUCCAAGGAGGACGAUACACUCACUCCUUAUGCGGAUCAAACAGCGUCGAAUGCGAGUGACCGUUCAACCCCUGUCCCCGAAGAUGCCCCCCCGUCCGCGCACUCGAUAUCAACAGCCAGAGCGCAAGUUCGAGCGCGCCGUCGCCUCUUCUAUACAAUUGACUAUGUCCCUCGCGUAUCCCACUUCGACCCGCGAAGUGAUUACCAUAACUUCCGCGGGUUCUUUGCGCUGUUCUGGAUUGCGCUGGCUAUCAUGGUCUUCACCACUGUCCUCCGGAAUAUCAAGGACACGGGUUACCCAUUGAGAGUCAGGGUAUGGGGUAUUUUGUCGGCGAAUGUCUGGGAGCUGGGCCUUAGCGAUCUCGCGAUGGUAGUGAGCAGCGGAUUGGUUUUGCCGCUUCAAAAGGUUUUCAGGAGUCGGGGGUGGCUGCGAUGGCGCCGGGGCGGAAUGGCUAUACAGAGCGUGUUUGAAGCUGCGUGGUUGGCUCUAUGGAUCAAUUGGCCGUUCAUGCUGCGCUGGACCUGGACGGCACAGGUCUUCUUUACCCUCCACACCUUGACCUUCCUCAUGAAGAUCCACUCCUACGCAUUCUACAACGGGCAUCUGAGCGAAAUCGAGCGCCGUCUGUUUCUACUCGACAACCCAAAGGCCGCUCCGACGGACGGCGUGGACCAAUACCCUCAUGUCCACCAACCCUCGCAAAAGCACACUCACAAGCGGUCCGGAUCGAUCCCAGAGCUGCGCGAGGACUUGGCCAUGGAACUCACUUCGCCUCUGGGCAGCGUCACAUACCCCCAGAACCUUACCUUCACUAAUUACCUCGACUACAUGUUCUGUCCCACGCUCUGCUACGAACUGGAAUAUCCCCGCAACCCCCACCUCCGAUGGUCAGAACUGGCAUUCAAAACGGCAGCUGUCUUCGGUUGCAUCUUUCUACUCACGCACACGAGCGAAGAGUUUAUCGUGCCGGUACUCAGCGAAGCCAACGCAAACUUGCAGGUGGUCGAGAGUAUCCCAGAGAAGGGCCUAGUCCUCGCGGAGACGAUCAGCAUGCUCCUGUUCCCGUUCUUGAUCACCUUCUUGCUUGUUUUCUUGGUCAUCUUUGAGUACUUGCUCGGCGCAUUUGCGGAGAUCACCAGAUUCGCGGACCGUCACUUCUAUUCUGACUGGUGGAAUUCAUGUGACUGGCUCGAAUUUUCCCGCGAAUGGAACGUCCCGGUCCACAACUUCCUCCGCCGCCACGUCUACUACCCAUCCCGCUCGCACUUCUCCCAACCCGUCGCCAUGAUCAUAACCUUUCUAGUCAGCUCACUCGCGCACGAGCUAGUAAUGAGCUGCAUCACGAAGAAAAUGCGCGGUUACGGGUUCCUGGCUAUGAUGCUUCAAUUGCCCAUUGUGACUGUGCAGAAGUCCAAGUAUCUUCGGGGGAAGACUACCCUUAACAAUACGUUUUUCUGGUUCUCGAUGAUCUUGGGUCUUUCGAUGAUGUGUGCGUUCUAUGUUCUGGUUUAGGCUGGAUGCUUGAGAAGUGGUUUGUCGUCUGUUUUCUUCAUCGUUAGAUGUGUUAUUAUUCUGUGUCAUUAUUAUUGCACAUUGUGCUGUAUACCCCUUUUCGAAUCGUAUUUAACAUUCGAUUGGUUUGUUGUGAUGGCAUUACUAGACAGAUUUCCUUUGUAUUUUCUUUGCAUAUCUUAGGCUCUCUCCUUUAACUACAAUAUAAGCGUUGCGCUUGAAAAUGUCGAAUAUUAUGAG